CUGGGGGAUGGGAUACUUGGUGGGAACGCGUUCCGUUGCCUGGAGGAUGGUUUUGGGGUGGUCUCUGCCCCAAGCGACCUCAAGUCGAAGCCCCGGGUGCGGGGUGGUCAGAACAGCCAGGGCCCGCCCACGCGUCCUUUGAUCCGCAAGUGCGUUUGCACCUCUUCCCUCCCCCCUCCCAAAUCACACAGAUUGUCGCUUUGCUCAGCGUGUUUAGGGCGUGCCGGGACUCAGGGCACUGUUCGCCGAAGCCCAAGGUCACAGCCCGCGCGGCCCUGGCAGCUGCGGAGAUCCUGGUGCAGCUCCCCGUCCUGGCCCCCAGGAAAAGGGGCUCCCUGCCGGCGCUCUUCCUCCCGGUCCCCCCUGCGUCCUCAGGGGAGUAAUCACAGCUUCCCCCAAAGUCCGCAGCCAAGGUGCCCACGCGCUGCAGCGAGAGUCUGUGGCCAAAACCCAGGGACCCCGAGGCCUUGGUCUCCGCGGUAGCGGCGGGCCAAGUCGGCGACUUUCCCCUUGCUAGCCAAGGGUUCCGCGUUCCAGCCACGCUACAGGGUCGAUAUGAGGAGGCACCAUGCCGCGGGCGUGCCCCCACAGUACCGCCACGCCAGCGCCAUGCUUAGCGCACAGGAGCGCGCCCACGUAGCACAGGUCUGGGACCUGAUCGCCCUCCACGAGGCGCACUUCGGGGAGGAGCUGCUACUUAGGCUCUUCACGGUGUACCCCAGCACCAAGGCCUACUUCCCACACCUGGGCGCCUGCCAAGACCAAGUGUAUCUUCUGAGCCACGGACAGCGAAUGCUCACGGCGUUGGACUUGGUGGCGCAGCACCUGGACGACCUGCACGCAGAGCUGAGUCCGUUAGCGGACCUGCACCGCCAAGUGCUGCGUGGGGACCCCGCCAACUUCCUGCUGCUGUUUCAGUGCUUCCAGGUGGUGCUGGCCUCCCACUUGCAGGGCGAGUUCAUGGUAGAGAUGCAGGCGGCAUGUGACAAGUACCUGACGGGCGUGGCUAUGGCGCUGACUGAGAAGCACCGCUGAGCCCUGCGCCCUGCAGGCCAGGGUCUGUGCAUGUCAAUAAACAAGGCCUCGAACUUCAGGAACCCACGUGCGCGUGAUCUGUGGGGAGCGAGCGAGCCCGGAUGAAGUCAC